AUUAUAACAAUGUAAAAUCGUUAACAUCUGCGGUAUUUCUUGUCAUAUAGUUAGUAGUAUCAAAAGACGUUAUGCAUUGGGGAUAACCAUUAUGCAUCAGUUAUUAUGUAACAAAUAUUUUGUGCGACUUUAUUGAUAUCGGAUACAUUUAUUUAUUCAAUUAAGUUCAAAAGUAGAUGUUCUUGUGUUACUGAUUUUUGUUUACUUUUUUUUUUCGGAAAACAGUUCAUUAAUAAACUAUAGAUCAAACCGAAAGUAGGUCAGCGUGACUGAUUUAUUUUCAUAUAACGCUUAUAUAUUUUCGGAAAUUUGAAGUAACUAUGUCAUUGAAAAAUACCAAUGUUUUCGGAAAUUUGUGAAAUUUUCUUGCCAAAGAGUUUAUACUUCUUUUACAAGAUAAAUCGUAAGGAAAAAAAAUGAGUAUUGAACUAGAUCUAGGGAUAAAUAACUUUGUUGCCUGUAUCGGCAUUAUCUUUCUUGGAGUAAUUUUUAUUUUUAAAUUAACUACGGUUUUCCUCUCGCUAAACAAAACGUUUCAUAUGCACAAUGGAGCGCCGGGUAGAUAUUUAAAUGGAACAAUAACUACGGACAGUGUUUCUAUAGCAACCUCGCCUUCUCCGGCCCUAUCGGUAGGAACACCGACAGUCAUCCCGGAAAAAGACAAAGUUGUCCCAUUAAGCGUGAAUUUUCACUUUACGCGUAAAUGCAACUACAAAUGCGGGUUUUGUUUCCAUACAGCGAAAAACUCAUUCGUGCUCCCACUUGACACAGCGAAAAGGGGACUACAGAUGCUUAAGGAAGCGGGAAUGGAAAAGAUCAACUUUUCUGGUGGUGAACCAUUUAUUGUCAAGCGAGGUACUGUGGUCGGUGAGAUGGUUAGAUACUGUAAAGAGACCUUGCAGUUACCAAGUGUGUCCAUUGUAAGCAACGGGAGUCUGGUCAAGGAAGACUGGUUUAAGAAAUACGGGCAGUAUCUAGAUAUUCUUGCGGUGUCAUGUGACAGCUUUGACCUUGACACCAACGAAAAGAUCGGUAGACAACAUGGCCAGAAAAACCAUUUAAACAGUCUACUCAGAGUUCGCCGCCUGUGUUUGGAAUAUAAGGUAGCCUUCAAAUUAAACACUGUCGUGAACACGUACAACAAAAACGAAGACAUGACGGAUUCAAUAAAAGAACUUGAUCCAUGCCGAUGGAAGGUAUUUCAGUGCUUAUUGAUUGACGGAGAAAAUGCGGGUCAGGACGCUCUUAGAAAUGCAGAAACUUUUGUUAUUAGUAAUGAAGACUUUGACAAGUUUCUUGAAAUUCACAAAUCCGUUCGGUGCCUUGUCCCUGAGUCUAACCAAAAGAUGCAGAACUCGUACUUGAUCUUGGAUGAAUAUAUGCGAUUUCUGGACUGUACACGCGGGGCCAAGGAACCUUCGAGAUCGUUGUUGGAUGUUGGAGUUAACAAUGCUCUUAAGUUCAGUGGUUUUGAUGAGAAAAUGUUCUUCAAGAGGGGAGGAAAAUAUGUCUGGAGUAAGUCCGACAUGAACUUAGAAUGGUAGCCUUUGCAGAACAAAGUCUUUUUUGAGAUUGUUUGUUUUUGUUUUUUGUUUUUUGCGUUCAGGUCAGGUUAAGUGUCGGCUAAGAUGCAGAUACAGAAAGCACAUGAAAACCGUCUCUUUUUACGAAUUUUACUUUUCAAACUACGUGUUAUAGUCGAGAGACUGGUGGAUCUGUUGUUGAUGAUAUUUUCUUUUUGUAUUUAUUCAUUAUUUAUUUGUUAGUUAUUUAUUCAAAUGUUUGAAAUACUUAUUUAUUUUGAUUAAUUUUAUUUCAAUUUCUUCAUAUUGAAUGUUAAUCAGGACAGAUUGUAAAAAAAUCGGAAAAUUGCGGAGGUUGAUAUUAACUCUAGACACAUAUGAACAUUAAAUGGAAUAUAGUUUAUGUGUUUUUAUCGUUUAUAGACAGAAGUUUUUCGUGUACCAAACUCGGAUAUGUUUGAGGCGUAUACUCGUGUUUAUGCAUGUUAUUAUGUUUUCAGGCCCAUUAGGCCUUAGAAAUGCUAUCAUUUUAUCUCUCAAAAACUUGUUAUUUUUGUGGUAUCUUGUUACAGUCUUCAAAGAGAAAUACUCGUUUGCCACGUCAAUGAACUAUCUUUUACUUCUUUUGCUUUGUUAGCAAUUGAUAUAAUUAUAGUGAAUAAGUAUUAAAUUGCAUUUCACUACAUUUUCAACAAAUUACUGCACAUUUAGCGCAACUUUUCUUUAGUUGUUAAACUUCUAAUAUACUCUGAAUCCAUUAUUAAACAUUUUUAUAAGUAUGACAUUUCUAAAGAAUUACAAAAAUAUGGAUUUCUGAUGAAACUGUCAAGCCAGAUAUUACAUUAUUACAAUUUGCAGUAUACUGUGUUAGAACACGUAUCAGUUUAUUGUGUUAUUUUGUCGCUUAUUUAUUAUACACCUUACUUGCGGCUUAGUUAUAUGUUACUUAUAUUUUGUUGCUGAGAUAUCUAAUUAUCUUUUAGCAGAUAGUUUACUUUAGUCAGAUACAUACAGUUAUGUUAUUGAAAUGAUUUAGUUGGUGAAUUUUUAUGUUAAACAUUAUACAAUGAAAUACUCAUGUUGCGGUCGAUAUGUAGAUUUUCUACAUUGUAAAGUUUAAACAAACGAGGAAGAUUGUUUUAUAAAUGGUAAACAAUUUUGAAGGAUAUAAUCAGGAAGAAUAUUAAUUUCUACUUAAGUAAGUUGAUCAAAUUCGGAAAUAUUUAAGAGAUUUUACUCACUAACGCAAGUAGUUUGUAUUUACCAAGGCAGCUAUGAAAAUCAUUUAUAAAUUUGUCUAUAGGGUUAGUCAUUUAUAGAGAGUAGCAUAUACGAACCAUUAUAUUAUUUGAGCCGCGUCACGACAAAACCAACAUAAUGGGUUUGCGACCAGAAUGGAUCCAGAUCAGCCUGCGCAUCCGCGCAGUCUGAUCAGGAUCCAUGCUGUUCGCUUACAAACCCUUAUACAAGUAGAGAAACUGAUAGCGGAAAGCAUGGAUCCUGAUCAGACUGCGCGGACGCGCAGGCUGGUCUGGAUCCAUGCUGGUCGCAAACCCAUUAUGUUGGUUUUGUCGUGACGCGGUUCAUUUUUUUUUUUGGACUGAGAUUUAAGAAAAAAUGUUAUACGGAUUUCAAAAAGUGACUGUUUCCCAUGAACGUUGAAGGAAAGUAACGAGCUUAUUAAGAGAGUGGUCUAAUACUAACACAUAUUAAUGUUGAAGAUGGUUUAAAUGCCCAUUAUGCCUCACAUAUGCUGUCAUUUUAGUCUCAAAAAACAUUAUUUUUGAAACAUUACUCAUGUGCCAUAUAGAUGAACAAACUAACAUUUGCUUAUGUUGCUAUAUAAGCAAUUGGUAUAAUUAUAGUAAAUAAGUAUUUUGUAUGGAAGUCAAAAUACUACUUUGUUUAUAUUUUGCUUCCUUUAUGACACAUAACCGCACAUUCAGCGCUUAAUUUUACAUGCUCUGAACCCAUUAUUACACAUUUUAAACACAUGUUUGACAUUUCUAAAGAAUUAAAAAAAAUAUGGAUUUCUGAGGCAUAAUGUGCAUUUAAGAUAAAACGCGCUAGAUAAUCUUCCCUUUAUUAAAAUGUUUUUCACUGAUAUUCUUUAUUGAUUACUUAAUUCAGAUCUUAUUUCUUUUUUUUUCCUUUUUUAUUUUUAUUAAUCUUUUUUUUUCUGUAUGAUAUUUAUUACUUUUGGGUACAAUUUCUUUGUAUUUGUUGUUUAUAAUUAAUUCCACAUUGAAUAUUUAUAACGUUUGUUAAGCAAACCUUUAUCAAACCGGAAGAAAUAUUGCUUAAAUAAGUAAAUACCAAAAUCCAAGUACAUAAAUCUACGAGCGUAUAAAAUCUUAAAACUAUCAGUACUAUAAAUCUUAAAACGAAUAUCAACUUUGCAUACGACUUUCCUAAUGAACAUGCCUAUUAACUUACCAGUCAGUGAAAUAACCUUAAUGUAUUUUAACCAUUAUCAUAUGAUUGUUUUUGUCAGUGAACUUACCAAGUGUAUCAGUCACAAAUAUGUGUGUAGGUCUUAUCAUUUAGUAAACAUAUAAUUUAUUACAAUGGAUAAAGGGUUCAAAAAGUGUUAUCAGUUUGUUAUUUUCGACAUGGGUUGAAUUGAUAGAUAACCUGCAAUCUGAUGAAAAUCAGCUCCUAAAUAACACUACGCAUAAGGAUCUGGCAUCCAUCCAUAGGUAGUCACCUUCUCGUCGUCUUUCAAACAACCAAUCAAUGGCGAGCUUUCAAAAUUAAAAAAAAAACGAUGCGGUUUGUAGUUUUAACCCUUGGAAAACCAACGUAUCGAUUUAUUCAGGGAAUAGACAAACAAUAGUGAGUAGAGAAUCAUGGCGCUGUUUAUAUGGCCGACAUGUAAACUGGCCAUAAUUAACUCUAUUAUUUCAAAUUAAUUUGUUAAAAAUAAUCUCAAACAUUUUUUUUUCUAAUUUCACUGCACGCAUUCAUUUUCAAUUUAUUUUGAUCAAAAUGUUAUACUGGCUAAAAAAGGGAAUAAUUUUAAAUAAAUCUCCGAGUCCAAUUUAAAUUAGGUAUAAAUUAUCGCUUUGAAUAUAAAACCAUAUAAAAACGUUAUCACUUCAAUCUUAAAACGUACCCUUUAACGUUACACAAACAUUCCAAAAUAAUGAAAUGCGUUUAAAAAUGAUUUUGAAAAUUAUUCAUUUACCUAAGAUUUUUAUUUUUACAAACAAUAUGAAUAUAGAACUUCAUAAUUUACAUUAUGUGUGUAGUUUCUAGUAUUCAGUACUUAAUUUCAAGUUGUUGUUAACACCAUCGAUGGUGCAACUGUUCACAACUGAUGUCAAUUUUAGUUUGAUAUUGAUCAUAAGUAAGCUUCCGUCAUUAAAGUUGUCAAUCAUUCCAAUAUUAUUCUUCUGUUUGCGAAUGGCAGCAUACAUUUUUAACUCUUAGACAAAAGAAAAUAAUUUCUUUUUCUAAAAGUCAAUUGGUUCACUAAGGAGAUUUGUAACACUAAAACGAAUCACUUUUUUAUCAAUAUUUUAAAUACUUAUUGCAGAAGUGUACCCAUCGUACACCAAUCCACUUGAAAUCAUAAGUAAUUUACUGUUUAAUUUUCAAAAAGUCAAGUUACUCAAAUAUUAAAUGAAGAUACCGAAUGCUACAUUGUAUAUGUUGAUACACGACCAAACGGGUUCGAUUUUUUUACUUGCAAUACUUUUUUAAUACUGAUUAUUUUGAGAAUAAAUAUGUAAGGAUAACGCAUGUAAAUUUUAAUAGAUGGUUUGGUACAAAAUGGUUGUAACUUGUUUGAGAUUAAAAGAAUGAGAUAUAGAUAUUUCGUACCAAGCCAUCGAAUUAUUCUUCUUUUAUUUUAUUUCAUUUGCAUUGCAAAGGUAACUGGAUUUCUUUUACCUUUAAACGUGUAUGAUUCCAAUUCAUUGGACAUUUGCACAUUUGUAUUGAAAUCUCUAUAUGAACAAUGUUGUAUUUCAAAUAAAUGAAAAACAACAAUA